AGCCAUUUUGGCUCAAGGAUUCAAGCCCGACCCUUUCACCUCGCCGCGCACCCCCCUCUCCAGCCUCGUCCAAGGCCAGCCGCGAUGGCCCGCCUCGUCGCAGCGGCAGCGCUGGUGAGCGGCGCCUCGGCCUUCGUCCAGGGCCCGGCGGCACCGCCGGCCGUGGCGCAGCCGCGCUUCGCGGCCGUCGAGGCGGCGCUCCCAGAGGCCCCCGCCCCCGAGGUCGAGUCGGGCUGGGCCUCGUGGGCCGCGCCGCUGCUCGGCGCCGGCGCCGCCCUGGGCCUCGCCGCCUCCCUGGCGGUGGCGCCGGCCAGGGCGAUCACCGCGGAGCAGUUCAGCCAGCUCACCUACUCCCAGGUCCGGGGCUCCGGCCUCGCGAACCGCUGCCCCACGGUCGACCAGGUGGGCACGGAGGUCCCCGUCGUGAAGGGCAGCAGGAUGAAGAACUUCUGCCUGGAGCCGAAGUCCUUCGCCGUCGAGGCCGAGACCGACAAGGGCAAGGAGUUCGUCACGACCAAGCUGACGACACGGCAGACGUACACGAUCGCGUUCGUCGAGGGCUCACUGAGCCCCAACCCCCUCACCUUCAAGGAGGAGGACGGCAUGGACUUCCAGGCGACGACCGUCAAGCUGCCGGACGGCGAGUACGUGCCAUUCCUGUUCUCCUGUAAGUCGCUGGUCGCCAAGGGCGAGGGCAGCUCGUUCAAGCCGGGCUACACCUGGGGCGGCGAGUUCAUGGUCCCGUCCUACCGUACGGGCGGCUUUCUCGACCCCAAGGGCCGCGGCAUGUACCUCGGCUACGACCAGGCCGUGGCCCUGCCCGCGCUGCAGGCCGACGGAAAGGAGGGUCAGGAGGAGCUGUUCAAGGAGACCAACAAGGUGUUCGACGUGGGCAAGGGGGCCAUCGAGAUGGAGGUCAACAAGGUGAACCAGGAGCUCGGCGAGAUCGGUGGCGUCUUCGUCUCCAAACAGCCGUCCGACACGGAUAUGGGUGCCAAGGCGCCGAAGACGAUCUUGUUGAAGGGCGUAUUCUACGGCAAGGUGGUCUGAUCCAGAAUCCGAUGGCUUCUCUCUGGUGCGGACGAUCUCUUCGUUUGCGGUGCUCGCCUCACUGCCUCAGCUGAUUCUCCUUCUCGAAUAUCUGCCGCUGCUGCAGCAGUGGAUGCUCUCACAGGGUCGGCUGCAGCCAAUCGAGGCGGAGCUCGAGGCAGCAUGCGUGCAAGCGACGUUUUUUGAAUAUGGUGCUGCCGGUACUGCUUCUCCCUCUGGGCCUCCCUCCUCCCUCCCUCCUCCUGUUCCCUCUGCUUCUGCUGCUCUUUCUCCUGCUCCUGCUCCCUGCUCCUUACUCCUGCUUCUGCGCCUGCUGAUCUGCCUCCUCUUCUGUGUGUUCGCCCGAACCGGCUGGCCCGCUUUUUCCCGAGACGCUGCGAUAGAAGCGCGGCCGCGGCUACGGGCCAAGUCCCGCGUGUGUUUUCGGCGUGUCGCCGUGAUUUCUUGGACAGGGUGCAGCAGGUUUUUUUGGGGGGCCCGGGCCCGGCGCGCGCCAGGUUUUGUGUAUCAUUCUGAGGACGGCAAGAUGAAGACAAGCAACGCCUGGGAAUGA